CCUCUAAUACACGUGCGCGUUUUUUGUAAACAAAAAUGCAUUUAGAUUAAUUUUUAGUCCGCAGCCAAUCCAAUUAACCAAAAAAUGUCGCGAAUUAUAGUAAAGCAGCUUCCCAAGCAUAUAACCGAGGACAAACUGCGUCAGAUUUUCGGUGCCCAGGGAACGAUUACGGACCUGCAGCUAAAAUAUACGCCCGAUGGUAAGUUCCGGCAGUUCUGCUUCGUGGGAUACAGCUCCGAGGAGGAGGCCCAGUCGGCCAUCCAGCACUUCAACAACACAUGUAUCCAAACCAGCCGGGUGCGAGUUGAAUCCUGCGCAGCUUUGGGCAGCGAGGACAAGCCCCAGUCAUGGAGCAAGUACGCCAAGGACAGCAAGAAGAACCUGGACAAACUGAAGGCCAAGGAGGAGGAGGAGGCAGCGGCGGCCAAGUCCAAGGAGUCCACGAAAAAGAGCAAGGAUAAAAAGGACAAGGUGGAUCAGAUACUGGGCAAACACAAGGACGAUCCCGAGUUCCAGGAGUUCCUGCAGGCCCAUGACAAGUCACGCACUCUGUGGGGCAACGAUUUGGGGGUUAAUAACAACGAGGAAGAGGAGGAUAACGAAGAGGAUCCGGAAGACCCACCAGCUGGCAGGGAUGACAGCGGAGUAGAUGCAGGUGCAGGAGAUGAGGAUGAGGAUGCUUCUGAAAAUGAAGCAGACGAAGAAGAUAAAGAAGACAACGGCAAACUGGCUGAAAAGCCCAUCAGCGAUCUGGAGUACAUGAAAUCCCUGAUGGCCACCCCUGGUGAUACCACCACAAAGAAGACCAAAACCAAGUCGGACAAAUCCAACCUGGAGCUGUUCACCAUCAAAAUCCACAAUGUGCCUUACAACACCAAGCGCCAGGAGGUGCUCAAGUUCUUUAAACCUCUAAAACCCUACUCUGUGCGACUGCCCAGCAAAGUGCACGGCUUCUGCUACGUCGGCUUCAAAACGGAAAAGGACAUGGCCAAGGGGAUGCUCAAGAACAAGAGCUUCAUCAAGGGCAAGCAGGUGUUCUUCUCCGACUUUACCGAGAAGAACAAGGUGACCAAGGCGAACAAGAGCGGCCAAACAGUAGCUCCUGCUGCCGCAGAUGCGGGCAAUGCCAAGUGGAAGCACCAGCAGGACAGUCUGUCCAAGGAGGACGACAUCUCGGAGUCCGGGAGGAUAUUCUUUCGGAAUCUGGCUUACACCACCACGGAAGAGGAGCUGCGUAAGCUGUUUGAGCAGUUCGGUCCCGUCGUAGAGGUGAAUCUGCCGGUGGACAAGCUCACCCGGAAGAUCAAGGGAUUUGGAACCGUCACCUACAUGAUGCCGGAGCACGCCUUGAAGACUUUUAAUGCUUUGGAUGGCACGGAUUUCCAUGGUCGUUUGCUGCACUUGCUGCCCGGCAAGGAUAUCGAGAAGAACCCACAAGAUGAUUUGGAUGAGAACGAUGCCAGUCUGUCUUUCAAAGAGAAGAAGGCGUUGAAGCUCAAGAAAAACGCGCAGAAACCGAUCGGCUGGAACACACUGUUUCUGGGUGCAAAUGCUGUUGCCGACAUUCUGGCCAAGCAAUUCAAGACAUCCAAGGAGCGCAUCCUGGAUACCAGCGAUGGCGGCAGCGGAGCCGCUGUGCGCUUGGCUUUGGGGGAAACCCAAAUCGUCAUCGAAAUGAAGCGUUUCCUCGAGGAAGAGGGCGUCCGGUUGAAUGCCUUCGAUGAGCCCGCCAAGAAACGCUCCAACACUGUGAUACUGGCCAAGAAUCUGCCGGCGGCCACUGAAACAUCGGAGCUAACGCCCGUCUUCAGUAAAUUUGGCCCGAUUGGCAGGAUUGUUCUGCCUCCCAGUGGCGUGACGGCGCUCAUCGAGUACUGUGAUCCCUCGGAGGCGAGGCAGGCAUUCAAGAAGUUGGCCUACAGCAAGUUCAAGAAUGCCCCACUCUACUUGGAGUGGGCUCCCGAGCAGGUCUUUACCACGACGCUCAGUGGAGAGCCAGUGAUUCCCAAAUCCGAACCGGAACCCAAAGAGGAACCCAAACAAAAAGAUAAGUUGGAGGAGGAGAAGCAGGAGGUUAAGGAGGAGGAGAGUCCCCGGGCGGAGGAUGCCGAUGAUGAGCCCGAACCAAACACCACACUAUUCCUGCGCAAUCUGAACUUCAAGACCGUGCAGGAAACCGUGGAGAAACACUUUCGCCAUCUGGGCAGCAUCCACACCGUGGAGAUAGCCAAACGGAGGGAUCCCGAGAAUCCCCGGAACUUCAACUCCCUGGGCUACGGCUUCAUUCAGUUCAAGAAGUCCUCGGUGGCCGAGCACGCGCUCAAGAACCUGCAGUUCACCCACAUCGAUGGCAAUGCCGUGGAGCUCAAGCGCAGCGAUCGGGUGCUCAAGACACACGACAAUGAGGGAGCACAACGUCGACUGGCCUCGCAGAAGAAACAAACAGGCACCAAGAUUCUGGUGCGGAAUAUUCCCUUCCAGGCGCAGUACCGCGAAGUUCGAGAGAUAUUCAAGGCUUUUGGCGAGCUGCGGUCCUUGAGGAUUCCCAAGAAGGCUACCACCGGCGAGGAGGCGCAUCGGGGCUUCGGUUUCGUUGAUUACAUGUCCAAGGCGGAGGCCAAACGCGCCUUUGACGCUUUGAGUGCCAGUACGCAUCUGUACGGUCGCCGUUUGGUCCUGGAGUGGAGCGCCAACGAUGAUAACCAGGAUGUGGAGGAGCUGCGCAAGCGAACGGCGGCCAAAUUCGGCGAUAGCCAGGCGGCAACAACGGCCAAACGCAGCAGAAAAUCCUUCUUCGAUGUGGAGGGCAGUGUGCAGCCAAAUCAAGACGACGACGAAGAAGAGGAACAUUAAUCCUUCGGGCUUAAUGAGCUCAUAGCUUGAUUUAAAUGUAUAAAGUAGAAGUUAUAAUUAAAAUAAAUUAUAAUUUUAUAAAAUAUAAAA